AUGCCAAAGACACCAAAAACACCAUUGCCAAUCUCUUUUCCAGUCUCUAGUUCCGAGUUGAAGAAGUUAGAUUCCUCCAUAGAUUAUGAACUCCCAGAAAAGUACAGAAGACCAGUUGAACAUCGUAUUUUUGUAAAUCGUACUGUUAAUUUGGAUAAUAUUGAAUAUUAUGGCUUUGAUAUGGAUUAUACAAUUGCUAAUUACAUUUCUCCAGUCUUUGAAUCAAUGUGUACUAAAAUGAUCCUUCAAAGACUUGUUGAUUCUAAAGGUUACCCAUCCGAAGUUCUCAAUAUUACCUAUGAUCCAUCAUUUGCAGUCAGAGGUACAUUCCUAGAUAAAAGAUAUGGCAACAUUUUAAAGGUUGACCACUAUGGAUUCAUCUUGCAAUGUGUUCAUGGUAAAAAGAUUGUUAAAAAAUCCGAAUAUGAACGAUUCUAUCCAGAUCACUUGAUUCACAAUGAAGAAGAAAUGGGUAAGAGAUAUUUCUGUUAUGAUACCCUUUUCGGAAUUCCAGAAGCCUCUCUCUAUGCAUCUCUUGUUGAUUACUUUGAACAAACCAAUUUCCUUGCUAAGAGUGAAACUGGAAGUCCUACCAGCAAUGAUUCUGAUAGUACUGAACAAACCAGUAGUGAAGAAGCUAGACUUUCUUAUUGGUCUCUCUUUGAUGAUAUCAGAGAAUGUUUCCAUGGUGUUCAUAGUGAUAAUAGCUUAAAGAAUGAAGUCAUGUCUGAUUUAGCUAAAUAUAUCAAGAAGGAUGAUAGGCUUCCACUCUUGUUUGAUAGAAUGAGAAAGGCUGGAAAGAAGAUUUUCCUCUUAACCAAUUCAGAAUAUUUUUAUACUAAUGCAGUUAUGGCCUUCUUGUUGGAUAAAUCUAUUGAAGGUUAUGAAAGAUGGACUGAUUUCUUUGAUAUCAUUAUUACUAAUGGUCAAAAACCAAAAUUCUUUAAGGAAGGUUCAACUUUGAGAGAAGUGGAUCAAUCGACUGGAAGUUUGAAAUUGUCAGCAGUUAAGGGGUUCAAAAAAGGAAGCGUUUAUUGUGGAGGUUCUUUUGGUUUAUUCAAGAAAUUCACCAAGACUAAAGGUUCUGAGGUUUUAUACGUGGGAGACAAUAUUUUCCACGAUAUCAUUGUUACCAAACAAAAUAGAUGUCUAUGGAGAACCCUCCUCAUUGUCAGAGAAGUUGAAGAAGAAACUAAAAAUUGGAUGACAAAGAGAUCAAGUGAAAUGUGGAACACUGUUCAUACAUUGGAAUAUAUCAGAGCUGAAAGCUUUAAGAAUCUUGAUUCAUCCUAUCCUAUCAAUGGUCACAAAGAUGUUGAAGAAUUCCCAAUCAAGCAACAAAUUGCCAAUGCCCAAGAAGAACUCAAUGCCCACUUUAAUUCAUACUUUGGAAGCACAUUCAGAUCAGGUACAAGAGAAUCAUACUUUAGUACUCAAAUUCAAAGAUUUGCCGAUUUAUAUUGUAGUGACGUUGUUUUGCUCUUGUACUAUCCAUUCAAUUAUUACUUCUCCACUGUCCCAACCCUCUUGCCACACGAAAGAGAAUCACUCUAUCAAUUUGAAAAGGGUUCUAUUUCUCAAUAAUUUUUAACUUUGUAAAUAAAUUUGAGUUUUU